ACACACAAUGGGAGUGAUUGUGACAUGAAUACUCGGUGUUUAGUUAGGUCUACCUGUUCACACACUGUGGGUUAUGCAAAGUAACUGCUGGUAUUUUUCACUGCAGAGAAUUCGGCAGACGGGCGCAGAAACUGGGACGGAGAGACAGCAAGAGGAACAUGAAUUUGGGAGUCUACGUAUAAAGUAGUUCCCAUACAUUCAGCCAUGUUCUCCGUCAAACGUCUAACCACAGCCGCCUUACUGGUUCUCGUUUCUGUCCCACUCGCUGCCACCACCUCUACCUGGGGUACAUGCGGGGGCUUCCUUGACCUCAGCGUGACUCCAGAGGGGACCAUUACGUCACCAGGUCACGGGGAGAGCGCGAGCUAUGACGACGAGGAGUACUGUGUGUGGUUGCUGCAGGCUCCAUUGGGGCACAGGGUUAGACUGACCGUCAAUUAUGUCUUACUGGAAGCUACAUUUUACGGAAGGCGAGUACGGUGCAGGGACUAUGUCCAAAUCUGUGAUGGCCCGUGCAGCAAUACAAGACAGCUCUACUAUCACUGUGCUCAUGACAACAAUGAUCCAGCGACCCCUGUCGCCGUCAAGACGAGCUCCAGUCGAUGGCUUGGAAUAAAGUUCAAAAGUGACCAUUCCAUCUCCGGGAAUGGGUUUAAUAUGUCGUACACAACCACCCCCGGGCAACCCGGAGACACACAAACACCGCCGUUUAUAAGCUGUAGCCGUUCUUACCAGUGGCAGUGCGGUAACAAGGAGUGUGUCCUCACCAGUCGGCUCUGUGACGGCUAUGACCAGUGUGGAGACAAUUCGGACGAGACGCUCUCCAGGUGUGGCCCAGCCACAACUACAUCCCCACGACAAGCAAGUAGGGCCACUGUAGCCUCGUCUUCUUCACAGUCAACUCGCCGUGCUUACUUCCGUCCUAUUGACUAUAACGAUGGAACGCUCUCACCAAGCGGAACAAACAAAAACGGCUUUGGCACUGUAACCCUUUCCUACUGGACGGUUAUCCUCAUCAUCGGUGGCGUUCUGGCUCUCAUAGCGAUCAUUAUCUUCGUGCUACAGGUCGUACAUCGCCAGCAAAAGAAGAAACUUCGGCGGGAAAUGGCAGGAGGCACAGUUCGUUACACUCCAAAUAACGGGGCAUCCCUUAGCAGACCAGGGGGGAACAGAUCGUCUGCUAAUCAAACGCAAGCGACAAGACAGGACAUUAAUGGAAGAAGUGUGUUGCCACCAAUAGUGACAGACCGGUCUCAUCAGGACAUAUUCACAGUUGUGGCUCCACCCCCAUAUCAGUCUCGCGUCAAUCUUCGGGAGGAUGAGCAGGCGAUUGCCCCGCCCCCUUAUGUCACAGACACUUCUGACCAAUCAGAGCCUCCGAAGGUAUCACUUCCGGGCGGCGACACACCUGGGGUAUAUUUAGAUCAUAGAACGCAGACUGAGAAACAAUAAAAUAAAGAUCGUCGGUUUUGGGAUGAGAAGUAUAAGGGUGCCGUUAUCACGAUAAACUAGAUUAACUUUAUUUUUUUAAUGAAAUCAAAUUUUUUACCACCGUCCACUUGUACCAAUUUAUAAAUGAAUAUGUUUAUGUAUUGGAGUGUUAGGUAAUUUUUAAAGUAGUAAGAAUUUGUUUUUCCUUCAAUAUAAACAGAAAUUAUUUAUUUUAUAUAUUUUAAUUUGUGCCUGCUGUGUGGUGUGUGGUAAGUUGUAUAGUUUUCAUUGAGAGAGAGAGAGAGAGAGAAGGUGGGGGUUAAAGAGAGUUGGCAUUGUCUGUUUUUGGAUUCCUUUCCAUAGGAUAAUAGCGCCAUCUAGGUGCAAUUUCUAACAGUGUGAGGAAUGAAGGAUGACUGAGACGUGAGGAAAUGUUGAAUACACUGAAAUUGGAAUGGAUGGUCAAUGAUUGCGCUCGUCAUGCCUGUGAUAUUUGGACCCUUGUGAGUCAUGAUCUCGACAGGUGAAUAACUUUGUAUUAUCAGAAUUUAAGAAAUGUAAUUCUAAUUCAUAGUCGGCUUUGCUGUCAUAAAAAUCAUUUAUUAAUUUA